AUCUGGUCCGCGAGAGGGCGGGCGCCGCUGCCCGGGGUCGCUUCCCGGCUGCCCCAGAUUCUUCAGGGCGGGCGAGUGGGAUCGGAGCCGAGACCCCACUGUUUCCUCAGGAUUCCCGGGGCUCGGCCCCAGCAUCGCCCUGUUCCCGUCCGGAGUCGCCGGGAGGCAGUGGAAACGGGCUUGGUGGGCGUCUUGGAGGUGAUAGAUUUGGAAUGGCCAAAUAUCAAGGUGAAGUUCAGAGUUUGAAAUUGGAUGAUGAUUCAGUGAUAGAAGGAGUAAGUGACCAAGUACUUGUGGCAGUUGUGGUCAGUUUCGCUUUGAUUGCUACCCUGGUAUAUGCACUUUUCAGAAAUGUACAUCAGAACAUUCACCCAGAAAACCAAGAGCUGGUAAGGGUACUUCGAGAACAACUUCAGACAGAACAGGAUGCCCCUGCUGCUGCCCGACAGCAAUUCUAUACUGACAUGUACUGUCCAAUCUGUUUACAUCAAGCCUCCUUCCCCGUUGAGACAAACUGUGGACACCUUUUCUGUGGUGCCUGCAUUAUUGCAUACUGGCGAUAUGGUUCAUGGCUGGGAGCAAUCAGUUGUCCAAUCUGUAGACAAACGGUGACUUUGCUUCUGACAGUCUUUGGAGAAGAGGAUCAGUCUCAGGAAGUGAUACAGUUGCGUCAAGACAUUAAUGAUUAUAACAGGAGAUUCUCAGGGCAGCCCAGAUCCAUUAUGGAGAGAAUCCUGGAUCUCCCCACUUUGCUGAGGCAUGCAUUCAGGGAAAUGUUUUCAGUCGGGGGCCUUUUCUGGAUGUUCCGCAUUAGGAUUAUACUUUGCUUAAUGGGAGCUUUUUUCUAUCUCAUCUCACCUCUGGAUUUUGUACCUGAAGCCUUGUUUGGAAUUCUAGGUUUUCUAGAUGAUUUCUUCGUCAUCUUUUUGUUGCUUAUAUACAUCUCCAUUAUGUAUCGAGAAGUGAUAACCCAAAGGUUAACCAGAUGAAAAAAAAAUGAGUUUACUAGCACAUCUGAGCUAAUGCACAAAAUCAGACAAAAAAACCCCACAGCAAUUUAAUAUAUUUGAAUAUUAUCUUACAAGCUUAAAACCAUUGUGUCACAAACAUUUAAUUAUUAUUUGAUAAAUGCUUGGUACUAUAUAACUGGAAUUUUUUUACAUGUUGCAGGUUUGAAUGUUAAAGUUAGAACUGUAAUGCUCUACAAUUAUAUCUUGAAUCUGUGUUAUCUAUUAAGUCUUGGGAAAAAAACAGAAUUAUAUAAAAGGGAUACUUUUAUAUCUUUUUAAUGCCCCCCAAAUUACUUAAGAUUGGAUAUACAAUAACAUGCUAUUAAAUGUGCAGUUUAUCCAAUUUAUCCUCCUCAAUGGGUACCUAUACAACAUAGCUAUCAAACUGAAGUAUUUUUUGCUACAAUAAAAUAUAAAAUAUUGGAGAAAAGUCAGUGUUUCUCUUAGAGCUAGCUGUUUUGUGCAUUGGGAGCAGUUCUGCUUUUUCUAUUCUGGUAUAAGUCUGUCAUCAGCUGAAAGCGAAAGAAGAAACUUGAACUUCAUAGCUUGAUCUCACAUCCUGGUUUACAGAACACCUUUUCAUCAAUAGAAGAAUGAAGAAGAUGAGAAUCAUUUCUUCCCAGUCAACCCACACUUGAUGUUCACAGUUACAACACUUGCACAAGAGUUUGGUCCUUUUAUUGGAGUAGAUAGAGAAGUAACGUGUAAAGGCAAGUGUAGGAACCUCAGUGACACAGUAACCCAGGGGGACUGCAGGCCCCGGGCGCACUAAGGAAUUGGCCAGGAACAUCAUCUUCAGUUUGGCAAGAGACAUUUCUGAUUUACUUUAGCAGCAGAAAUGUCAGAUUUGGCUAGUUUUUAUUUUAAGAAAACUGUUACACAAUACUCUCAUCACAGCUUAUACAGAAUGAGACAGAGCUGAAUAAGAAACAUACCAUUUCUUUCUGGAACUAUGGCCUCAGUCUCUAAUAUUCCAUUCUGCAAUUUCCUGUUUGAGAAGAACUGAUACCACAAAUGCUACUACCCUUCCUGCAGCAGGAACUGCUCACUAGUGAGUGGCCCAAGGGUCAGUGUUAGCUGCCUCUUCCCAAGUCACUGCUGCGGACAGCAUUUGUUGUUAGCAAGUCCUACAGCCUGCAGACCAGGGUAUGAAUCCUUCACAUUCUCCCAGGUUCAUCCCAGUGAUACCAACUCACAAGGCUAUAAGUGGAAUAGUUUAUAUUUUCUAAAUUGGACAUGAAAUGAAGCUGUUGCCUGUCACAGGAAAACUGUAAUGCUUAAGCAUAGCACAUUACGUUUAAGGCGCCAUCUUCCCUAUCUUCUGUUUUAUCCUAUGACAAAAUAUUCUGAGCAAGGCAAGGCAAACCUCACCUUCCUCUUCACAGAUGAAAUCGCCGUACUCUUGAUGUUGCAGCUGCCUGAAGUCACAUGAGUGUUCCUUUUGUAGGACUUCUUGCUUUGGAUGGUAGGCAGAGGGGAAGAGAAGCAGCAGGAGGCAGGAAGUGAGACCUGCAGUGUUUCAUAAUGCAUUGUCCCUUCAUUGCGGCUCAGGUGGCCUCAGGCAGAAAAUUGUAGCCAACUUUGUGGAUCCCAGUUCUACCCUUCCGAGCCAAGUGUCUGCCAGAGUGACACACUUCACAAAUACAUGUGUCAGCUGGGGAUUGAAAAGCUAAGGAGCAGGAUGUUGCAUCACCAUUCAACAGCGUGGAAUUGAAUUUCCUACCAAUUAUAAAUCUGGACUGGGGCUACAGUAGUGUCACUUUUCUGAACAGAUUUUCUGUGCUCAUGUUCUGCUCCAGGUGCCAACAUUUUUGGUUUCAGUAAUUAUUACAAUAUCUAGAAUGACCACCAGACCUCCCUGGUAGAAGCCUAUGGUACCAAAGUGAAAGGAAUCCAUGCUGGUGUUUCAGUCUUAGAUCUGCUAUUAUGUCAUUUUUCCUGAUUACUGAUAAAUGCAGAAGUGAUCUGAGAGAGUAUUAAAGCAACAGUCAAUCAGUGUUUGCAAACAUUGUCAUAAUUCUGUGACUUUAGAGUUAGCUCAUAUAAGUCAAAGCAGCAAAUCAGGUUUUUCUUUUUUUGAAACUGCAAUAUUGUAAUUGUUACACAAACAGAUGCUCUGAGCCCAGGAGCAGGUACCAGGCAGCUCUGUGGGGAACAGUGGCUUGAGGCGUUCCAAUGGAUGCACUUGAGGGGACAGGGAAGACAGGGCUUGUGGCCAUUCUUUGUGGCUGUGCAGAUACCUACCUCACAGAGCUGUUGCGGAGGAGUGGCAGCUUGGUUCAAACUGUGUGAUUUAUUCUUUUGAAUAAAAGUGAUGUACCUUAAAAUUUCUAAAUUGU